CUGUACUUCACUGGCAGAAGGCGUGUUUAGCACUAAAUAUACAGGAAGCGAUCCCUGAGUAUUUCUCUUAUUACAGUCGUGCUGCGUGAAGUCUGCGGUGAUUUGCCCAGAGUUCCGGGUUGUAACGACACUACGUCAUGCAGGUAUUUGAGAACUGCUUGGUGGUUCUGGAAGUGAAGGAUCUGCCCUUCAAAGAAAAAAAGAGGCUAAAACUGUCAAUAACAGACAAUGGAGGCUGCAUUGCCUACGUGGUCAACAAGCAGUGCACUUACGUCAUCACAAACAACCUGGCCAACGUGAGCUCCAACCGCCAGCGUAGCAUCCAGAAGUACCAGGUCCCGGUGGUGGGGGUGGAGUAUGUGCACCGCUGCCUGGAGAAAGGGGCUCUUCUUUCUGUAAAGGAGUACAGCCUAGUCCCCUUCCCUAGCACCAAUAUCCCCUCCCAAACGAAUGCAUCACCGUCUCCCAGCCAGCAAGCUACGGUGUUCAAGGUGACUGGCCAGACACCUGUGGGAGAGAGGUCCAGAGAUCAGCCCAAACCACAAGCACCUGCACCUCAGCAGAUGGAGAUAGAGGAGGAGAGAGACAGGAAGGAAGAUGAAGAGACAGAGAGUGGAACAUACCUGGGCAAGCAUAGAAUACCAAAUUAUCCCUCUAAUUUCGAUGUGGCCAAAUAUUCCAUUUUGGAGAAAGUUGGCCCAAACAAGAUGUGGUCAGUGCUGGAGCUGCACAGUUCCAGUGAUGAGACAGGGCGGCAGUACCGUGUGGUCCGAUGCAGGAGCGAGGGACCAGGCGGACAGGCCAUGGUGACUCGUGAUGCGCUGUUCCACUACCCCAGCUCCGAGAAGGCCCUCAGUAUGUACGACAAGUUGGAGAAGGAGCUUCUCUGCCAGGAUUUCAAACGGAAGACCACUCUGCCCCCUCAGUUUAAGGACAUGGGCUCCAGUAAGCUGCAUCAGCUGCUCCUGGAGGAGAAAAUGAACAGCGGUGCCAUCUCGCAGGAAGUGGGCGUGUUUGUGGAGCUGUUAUGGACAGAAGCCCUUGGUUGCCUGGGCAACAUUCUCAAGAUCCCCCUAACCAGCAUUAGUCUCAAUGAUGUGAGCAGGGCGGAGGGGCUGCUGCUGCAGAUACACAAGGCCCUGAAGGAGGGGAGCGAUCAGAAGCAGCUGCCGGAGCUCAUGGCUGAAUUCUACACUCUCCUGCCCCACAAGGAAGAAUUCGCCCCCACUAUGCGUGAGAUCUCCCUCAAACUGGACCUGUGCCAGUUAAUCAGGGACAUGCUGAAGGUGAGCGAGGCCACGCUGUGGAACCCCACUGCUUCCUGUCUGGGGAAGUACCGCGCACUGCGAUGCAGCAUUGAGCCCGUUCCCCCGGAGAGCCCGGACUUCCUGUCCGUCAGCAAGCUGCUCUGGGACAGACCGGUGCAGAUACAGCAGGUGUUCCGCGUAGGCAGGACGUUGGAGCUGCAGGCGUUUCGGGAUGACCUGGGGAACGUGCAGUCCCUCCUACACUCCUCUGCUCCCAGCAACUUUGUGGGAAUUCUUUCCCGGGGGCUGUUGCUGCCGAGAGUUGGAGUGGAGCAUCAUGGGAUAGAUAGGACAGACCUGGGGAACCUGGGUGGCGGAAUUUACUUCAGUGAUUCCCUGAGCACCAGCCUGAAGUACUCCAAGCCCGGCGCCACGGACGGCUCGCGCCUGCUGCUGGUGUGCCGCGUGGCCCUGGGGCAGUGUAAGGACCUCUGUAUGAAGGACCCGAGCCUGAGCUCGGCCCCAGAGGGCUACAACAGCGUGCACGGCGUCCGCUGCACUCCCACCGUCGUCUCUGACUUUGAGGACCACGAGUACGUGGUAUACCAGACAGACCAGGUUCAGAUGGAGUACGUGGUGCAGUUCACUUUGAACGACGAACCGGUGAAGACAUUCCAGCCGACCGUUGACCUUUCGUCUGAUGUGGCUCGGGAAGCUUCCGCCUCUGACCUCUUGGCAGAAGGCGAGGAGGACAGUAUCGGGAGAUACAAAAACCGCCUGGAGGAAGUUACCGCCGGGCUGCUGGACAACACCGGCCAGCCGCUGCCCUUAAAGGCUGUACAUGUGAAGUGUAAGCUGAUGGAUCUGCUGACACAGGUCGUUAUUUUUCAGUCUUACACCAACCUGAGCGAGGUUCCUAUCGAGGCCAAGUACGUCUUCCCCCUGGACGAGUCUGCAGCGGUGUGCGGGUUCGAGGCCUUCAUCAAUGGGAAGCACGUAGUGGGACAGGUGAAGGAGAAGGAGCAGGCCAGGCGCGAGUACAGGCGGGCCGUUCAGCAGGGCCACGGCGCGUACCUGAUGGACCAGGACGCCCCCGACGUGUUCACCAUCAGCGUCGGAAACCUGCCGCCCGGGGCCACGGUUCUCAUCAAAGUCACCUACAUCACAGAGCUGGUCGUCAGGGAGGGGUCACUGCUGUUCUCCCUGCCUGGUAGCGUGGCGCCAUGGCAACAGAGCAAAGCCCUCAACCAGAGGACUCAGGUAUCAGUGGAGAAGGUGUGUGUGAAUGAGCUAAAGGGAGACGGAAUUUUUACCCUGGACAUGUCCAUCGAGAUGCCCUACGAGAUCUGGAACUUGUCUUGUGUGACCCACCGCAUUAAAAUCAAGAAAACAGACUGCAAGGCAGUGGUCAGCCUGCUGCCAGGGCAGACUCUUGGGCCUGGAGGGUUCCAGCUGUCCUUCACGCUGUCCCAGGUCCACCUGCCCAGGAUGUGGGUGGAGAACCACCCUGACAAAGACAGCCAGGCCUGCAUGCUUGUGUUCUACCCGCACUUCGAACCCAGAGCUGCAGCUGGUCCCGGGGGUGGGGGCGAGGGCGGCGAAGUGGAGGUGGUGAUCCUGUUGGACACGUCGGAGUCCAUGAGGGGCGUGGCCAUGCAGGACGCUCGCAGGAUUGCCGCUCAGCUUCUGAAGACACUGCGCCCUGAGGUCCGGGUCAACAUCCUUUCCUUCGGCACGGUCCAUAAGGAGCUGUUCCUGUCCUCUCAGUCCUGCAGCAAGGCCCUCUUACCUGCCACAAAGUUUGUAAUGUCCUCCCCACCAGUUGGGGGCAGCACUGAGCUGUGGAGACCCCUGCGCAGCCUGAGCCUGCUGCCACCAUCGAGUGGCAUUAGGAAUUUGCUGCUGAUUUCAGACGGGCAUGUUCAGAACGAGGCCCUCACCCUGAAGCUGGUUCGGGAGAGCAUCCAGCACACCCGCGUCUUCACCUGUGGGGUCAGCCCAACUGCCAAUCGACACAUGCUAAGAGCUCUGGCUCAGGCAGGGGGCGGAGCUUAUGAAUUUUUUGACACCAAGACAAAGCACACCUGGAUGGAAAAGGUCUCGUCGCAGGCGAGGCGCAUGGCCAGCCCCGGCUGCAGCUCGGUUUCGGUGAAGUGGCAGCAGUUUAACCCUGCCGCGGCCCCGCCCACUCAGGCCCCCGCCCAGCUGAACGCGCUCUUCAGCGGCUGCCACACCCUGGUGUACGGCUUUGUGCCCCAUUGCACCCAGGCCACCCUGUUCGGCAGGCUUAGCGAGCAGGAGAUCGAGACAGUGGUGUCCACCUCCGAGCUGCAGAAGACCAAGGGCACGCUCCUGCACAAGCUGACGGCGAGGGCGGUCAUCAGGGACUACGAGGACGGCAGCCUGCACGCAGACGAGGCGGAGCAUGAGGGAAAGAAAGAGGAGCUAAAGUCCUUCAUCAUCGAGCUGAGCAAAGAGUACUCCAUUGUGACCCAGUACACCAGCUUCGUGGCCAUUGAAGAGAGGGACGCAGGGAGACCAGACGUUGGUUUCACAGACAUUCCCAAGCUGGUUGCGGAGGAGGAUGUGGACUUUUUGCCGUACUUGGGCUGGGAGAAAGAGAAAUAUGCCUGGCCUUUUUCCGCUAAAGAAUCUAUUUGUACUACAUCAGCUGGUGUCCACUCAAGUUCUGAAGACAUUUCAGAACAAGAUGAGGAGGAAUCGGAGUCAUUACUUGCAGAACCUGAACUACUCGGCAAAGCGUUUUGUGAAGAUGAGAGUGACUUUGCACCCCCUGACUUUGCACUCCCAGACAGUGCUCCGCCACAGCCUGGCCUUGACCCGCUCAAUCUGUGUGCCCGUGAGAUAGGAGCUAAGCAUUCCAGGAAGAAAUCCAGAUUUAGCUUGCCUGGUCCUGGGCCUGAUCGUCUUCUUCGUUGUCGUCGUGAUUUUGUCCCUGCUUCUGGUGCUUCUAUCCCUGCAGCUCCUCCUGCUUUAGCCCGUGCUUCUGCUGCUUAUAUCCCUGCAGCUCCUCCUGCCAGUCAGAUGCGCCAGCAACAAAAGAUGGCCGAAACAUUAGUCGCGUUAGGUUCUUCCCGUCGCUGCCCUCCCAUGGCAAUGCCCCAUAUCAUGUCUGAUCGUCCUCCUCGUCUUCCUCGUCCUGUUUCUAAUUUUGUCCUUGCUUCUGAUGGUUAUAUCCCUGCAGCCCUACCUGCCAGUCAGAUGUGCCAGCAACAAAAGAUGGUAGAAACAUUAGCCAUGUCAGCUGACUCCCUUCCCUGCCCUCCCAUGGCAAUGCCCCAUAUCAUGUCUGAUCAUCCUACUCCUCCUCCUCCUCCUCCUACUUGCUUUCACCGUCGUCGUCGUCGUCUUCAUAUUAAUUCUUAUAGUUCUACUGGUCCUCAUCCACCCUCACAUGCCACUGAGACACAACAAAAACAACAACAGCAACAACAGAUAGCUGACCCUGAAGUCCCCCCCUUGGAUUCGGCAACUGUUAUCAGUGCCUAUCCCACUAGACCGAGGGCACUAAAAAAGGCAGCUGGCAGGGCUCUGUCCAAUAGGCUGGAAGAGGGUGCUGUCCAUUUAGGAUUUGGGUCUUUAUUCCUGGAUGCUCCGUCACUUUGUGUCCAAAGCUUGCCAUUUGGGGAUGAAGCAUCUACUCUGGGUAUAGAGCGUGCAUCGCAGUUUGGGGGACCACCCAUCCAAGUGUCCUCAUUUGGGGCUGGACAAGGAAGUGCAUUUACUCCAAAGUAUUGGAGACCCCCUACCACCACACUGGUCUCUGGGUCACCUGGCUUCAAACCUGCAGGUGUAUAUUCAGGUGUAUCCUUUGAAAGCCUGGAGUGGACAUCAGGACUUGAAAAGGGGUUGACGUACCGCUUGAAGUCCAUGUCAAGCCGUAGAAAGGACAGGGCACGUGGGGUGUCCUGGGCAGAGCUUUUUGACCUUCAACAUCAAGACGGGUACUGGGAAUGCUCGGAGAAGCUGGGCUUCAUUCUCCAUCUGGAUUUAGUCUUCUUUGCCAGUGUCUUCCUGAAAGAAAAAGGAAUUGCCUCUCUGGGAGUGAGAGCUGGUGCUGACAUUCUGAAGCUGGUGGCCACGCUGCUCGUGCUCCAGCUGCUGAGGCUCAUGGGACUGGCUGAGGGGGACCUUCUGAAGACCCUUUUCCGCCUGAAGGACACCAACGCCCCCACGUCACUGCGAGGGGAGGCGGUGAAGAGAGCGGUGGAGUGGGUGUCCAGGGCAGACAGGCAGUACCCCUGCCUUUGCACCAGGCUGGAGCUCGGCUUGGACUGGGAGUCUGUCACGCGCCAGCUGCUGGGCGCCGACUCGCUGCAUGUGUGCUCCCCUCUGCGUCCCGUUCUGGAGAGGACCAGACCGAUUUUAGCCCAGUGAGGGCCAGGGUUGCCUCUCCGGUGUUUCUCACCUCCUGCCUUUGUUACCCCAAUCCCCCUACCUGUCCCAUCUGUGCUCGAGCAGUCUCACCCCUACACCCCCAGCAUUCUUACCCAUAGUUCCCCCCUCCCCUACCUAUGUCACCCCCUGCCCCCCACUCUUCCAACUCUACUACUGCCUCACCCCUGAAAGUUGCUGUAGGUGACUUUCUCAACAAACGCAAUGUUGUGAAAACAUUUAAAUUUGAUUUAAAGUCAUAGCAUCCGUUGGCCCAGCCCACAGAGAAAGUGACAGACUUUGAUUGGUUCAGAUUGUAAACCACUUUCUUUUUAAAAACAAGAAUUCAGGCCAAAUCCCUGGUUUUAGAAUGCAGAAUAUGAGGGUAUAAACACAGUUUAUGGUGUUGGAUUUCUCACAGCAGCUUUUUCUAUGAUUACUACAAAUUAAGCAUGACCGUUCCCCCAUAUCUUUCAGCUUUAACUCCUCAACCCUGCCCUUCCCCAAUCUUUUUGUAAUAUCAAUAAGGCUGAAACAUCUUCAGCAAAGUGAAUACUCAAUCAUUACUUUUUACUCAAACCAUGUACUCACCUUAAUACAUACUUCUCACUCGAGUGAUCCAUCAUAUAUUUUAAUACACUCUGAAAUUGUCUAAUAUUUGUUUGAAGCAAUAUAUAUAUUUUCUUUUUUUUUUGGUCAGUAAUUCAUAGUUUGCUCAAUAAUUAUCCUGCUUUCUGUCGAAAAUACAUGCAUUUCUGGGGCUGCUUGGUGGCUCAUUCAGUUAAGACUCCACACUGUGUCAAAUCUGGACUGUGCCAGUGCUGACUGUGGCCGGUGGCUCCAUAGGGUGACCUGCAGUUGCUGAUUACAACAAUCAGGAUACGAGAGGGUUCGGUUGGAUUUCUCUGUAGCAACCAUGAACUACAUGCCAAAACCACACGAAAGGUCUUCUUCCAACUCCAGUUAAAUGUGAGCUUCCCUGCGGUGUGAAAAGAAGUAGAGUGGCGACACCAUGUGUUUCGGAGGAGAACCGCAGUUGUCUACACUCUCCCGAAUUGGCAGUAGGGUUCGUGCAUGAAUGCAGGUGUGGCUGCAGAUAACUGUAACUUCCUAAUUAGGGUGGGAAUUUUUUUUUUAAAAGGGAACUUUUGAGAGUGCUGAGAAAGGACUGAUGCUCAGCUGAGAGAGUGAGGGGUUUAGCCACACUUGUGUUAACCUGUUAUAUGAAUUCUCAGGUGGUACACACAGCAUGUAUUUUAUGCUAGGUUGAGGAAAGACACAAAUGACAAGGGAUUAUAACAAUGCAUGCCAUUUGGUAUUCUUAUUACUCACGUUAUCAGGGCUUGCUUCCAUGUCUGUUUCAUCCUGCCUGUUUCACCAACCUUCAGGCCAGGCCAGAGCAUGCCAAGUCUUCACUUGUGCUUUCUGCUUUUCCACUGUUUUUGUCAUACACCAAACAGGGCAAAAACGGGACUACAUCUGUACUUAAAUGCCUUCCCCACGUCCCGCUAGUUCUUGACUCUUCAGCAGGUUAACAAGAAUGAGUGCGGUGUUGUGGCUUAGAUAAGGUUAUCGUAUUUUCCUUAUUUCUUGGGGGUACUGUUGUAUGACGGUUUGAGAACUGGGCUUGGAACUGAAAUGUUGUGAUUCCCUGAGGGAGGCAUCACCAUUGCAGCCACACGCCAGAUAAUGUGUAUUACAUCAGUAAAUGCCCAGCUGCAUAGUUGAAUUGUAUGUAAAUAGAAUGUCAGCUGUAUAGCUCUGUGUGUAUUAGUGUCUACUAAAUGCCUAAAAUGUAAAUGCUCGUGGAGAUUUGGUACAAAGAAAACUUUUUAAUGUGUCCUCCUCCUUGGAGAAAUGUAGGCAGCAUCUGGUUUGGCUGUGGGAGCCACAGGGCUAUAGUUGCAUUUGACUAAAGGAAAUCCCUGGCACAAGGCUAUUAGACUUUGUAGAACAAGCUUUGGCAUGCCCUGCCCUGGUCCUAAAGUGGGAAAUUGUGUGCUGUGAAGAAGGAUAUCAGAUCAAUUUACUUACAUAGUUAAUGUAGUGCAUAAAUUGAAAUGGUUGUAUACUCAUUCUUAAUGUGAUACUCUUCAAAUAAUAAAUUAUAUCAAAAGGAA